UACAGUUUCUCCCUCCCUUCACUGCAGGGUAUGAAAAAUCUUGCCUAAGUCUCCUUGUGUAUGCUCCAAUGUCUGCUUUUCCUUCUUCACAGAAUUUAAUGAAUGCCCAGCUGCAGGAUUUUGGGUUUCAAGGCAACGAUUUGAAAGCAGAAUCAGUAGAACCACAAGUGACUGUUACCCUUUUGAUCAAACACUUCCCUGAAACUAUUCCUUUUAAAACUCUUUCGAGGCUUUUCUCUCAUUAUGGUGCUGUCUCUGUUCGUCCUUGCAAUUCUGGAAGAUUGAAAAAUUGUGCAUUUGUUGAUUUCAAAAGUGAAAGCUUGGCUUAUCAAGCGCAUACUCAGUUAAAUGGGCUGAGGUUUCUUGGCAAGGUCUUAUCGGUGGAGAGAGCUAGUAAGCUAAGUGAGGCUCAACAAGGAAAAGAAUCUGUACCACCAACAUCUUUGAUUGAGGAUGCUUCUGUGACUAGAGAUGUUGCCGAUGGCUCAAAAUUCAGCUCCUUUCCUGCUAGCGAACCAAUUGCUCCAAGGCUUGGUGUUGACUAUCCAUUCCCCCCUCAUUUGGAGUAUGCUUACCCUCCACCAGAUGGAAACAUUCUAACCAACAUUGUAAAUGCUCUUAUUGCUGUUCCUCGCUUCUAUACACAGGUGUUGCAUUUGAUGAACAAAAUGAACAUUCCAGCUCCAUUUAGAAUGGCCCUGCCCACUCCACCUCUCCCCCCUGCAGCACUUGUGCCUCCACCACCACCAUCACCACCUCCUUGUAUAUUUGAAAAGUCUCCAUUGGCAGAGCAAUCCAGUAGCGAGUCAGAAAUGGAGUCUUCAGAUGAGGAGUUUGAUGAUAAAGCCUUGUAUGAAGCCUCAGGAGCUGUUAAACCCAGAAGAAAGCGUGUCAAGCGGGAAGCAAUUGUAGGACCUGCAGCUGAUAAAGACAUAGUUCAUGAGGCUGUUGGCCUGAAACCUGCCUCCUUGGUCCCAAAAGAAAUUCCAGUUAUAAAGAAAAAGAAUCCUGUGCUGCAGAUUAAGAUUGCACCAAGAGUAACUCAAAAUGAACAUAAAGAUGAUAACAUCGCGACAGAAUCUGAGGACCCAGACAAAGAGGGUUUGGAUCAGAGACCCUAUGCAACUGCAGAAGAAAUAGAGAGUAAAAGACUAGCUCCAGAGAAAAUUUUAUCACUUCCAAAGUUUAAGAACUACACAGUUGGGAAACCUGCACCUGUGCUGUACAUAAAGAACCUGGACAAAGAAGUGGUUUUUGAUGAUUUCUUCUACAUAUUUGGAUCAUUGUUUGGAAGCAUUGAUGCAGCAAAAAGUGGCCUCAGUGUCAAGUUGAUGCAGGAGGGAAGAAUGAGGGGCCAAGCUUUUGUAACAUUUCCAUCAGUUGAACUUGCCCAUCAAGCUCUGAAUCUAGUGAAUGGAUAUGUAUUCAGAGACAAACCAAUGAUCAUACAAUUUGGUCGGAAUCCCACAACUGCCAAGCCAAAUUAGACAGAUUUGUCAUGAUUAGGAGCUAUUUGUACUAAACCUCUCAUGAUACCUGCGUCCUAUGGCUGUAGGAAGGUCGACAAUGUCAAUUUCUCCUCACGGGAAAGAUGUGCAGAGCAAGUUGCUGAUGGUGAGCAAUUGAGCAUCCUAAGUUGCUGCCGUUUAUAUAAAAUGACUCGAGUAAAAGAGGGGGGGAGGAUAUGUAACCAUGCAGACUGCCAGUGCAACGAAGACUGCCGUUAAUCUUUAUAAUACAAGCGAGAAGGGGGAAAAAAAGGCUUUUUGACUUGCAGAAUAUCCACAUCUGGAAGAAAGUGUCCAAAGUUCAAAUUCUAUCACCUUCUGAUAUUGAGGUUUCAUAUUUUGCAACAUUUUGGAGUUCUGGGGGAUGUAGAAAUGGUGAAAUGAAAAAAAAAGGAAAAGAAAAAGGUUUGUAAACGAGAAAAUGGACCCAACAAUAGAGUAUAGACCUGUUCUGAAUUUUAUCAGACGGGGAUUCUGUCACGUCAAAAUGGUGCAGUUUUCUUGUC